CAUGGGCACACACACGAUACAAUCCGGCUGACUCUCUUCAGUUGCAGUGUUGCACAGCAAUCGCGGUACCUUUGUGAUUCAUCGAACAGGCCACUAAAAGUUCUUAAAAGCGCAUCAUUAUCUGCGCACCACCAGUGGAUUUCUCUUGCAGAUCCAACGCAACAAAUCACUGACAAAAACGUGUACCGAACGAAGAAAGAGAGAGCAAGCAACCUUUGCCAACAAAGCACAAGCGAAAGCAUUUUUUAGCACUGGUGCCGCAACAGCCACAGCAGCAGCAACAACUUCUUGGGGUAGCAAAAAGCAGAAGCGAAGCGUUCAACUACGAGCACCUAACGAUUUCAUCAUGUCCAAUCCAGAGAUCGAAGCACAAUUGGCGCCACUGCGUGAGCGGGUGCAGGAGCAGGGCAAUCUCGUCCGCGAACUGAAGGCAAAAGGUGCCGCCGAACUGGACGUGAAAAAGGCCGUCGCAGAGCUGAAGGUGCGCAAGAAAGUGCUCGAGGAGAAGGAGCUGGCGCUGACGCCAAGCGUCAUCAGCUUUGAUCGGGCGAAAAUGGAGGAUCUGCUCAAACGUCGCUUCUUCUACGAUCAGAGUUUUGCCAUUUACGGUGGCAUCACGGGCCAAUAUGAUUUUGGUCCCAUGGGCUGUUCCCUCAAAUCUAACAUUCUGGCGCUUUGGCGACAAUUCUUCAGUCUAGAGGAGCAGAUGCUUGAGGUGGAUUGCUCCAUACUGACACCGGAGCCGGUGCUAAAGGCAUCGGGUCACGUGGAACGCUUUGCCGAUCUGAUGGUGAAGGAUGUAAAGACGGGCGAAUGUUUCCGACUGGACCAUCUAAUCAAACAAGCACUCGAAAAGCUAUCGAAGGCCAAAGAUGCCACUGCAACACUGCAGGCCGAUUGCGAGGACAUCAUCAUCAAACUGGACGGUUUGAACAAACAGGAAUUGGCGGAUGUGUUGGCCAAAUACAACAUCAAAUCACCAUUGACGGGCAACGAUCUCUCCGAACCCAUAGAGUUCAAUCUAAUGUUUGCCACACAGAUCGGACCCACUGGCCUGGUGAAGGGCUAUCUACGCCCGGAGACGGCGCAGGGUAUCUUUGUGAAUUUCAAACGACUGCUGGAAUUCAAUCAGGGCAGGCUGCCCUUUGCCGUUGCCCAAAUUGGCAACUCGUUCCGCAACGAAAUCUCACCACGUUCCGGUUUGAUACGUGUGCGUGAGUUCACCAUGGCCGAGAUCGAGCACUUCUGUGAUCCCGUGCUCAAGAAUCAUCCCAAGUUUGCCGGGGUGGCCAACGAGAAGCUGACUCUCUACUCGGCCUGCAAUCAAAUGGAUGGCAAAUCGGCACAGCAAUCAACCAUUGGCGACGCAGUCAGCAGCCAGCUGGUGGUCAAUGAAACCCUUGGCUAUUAUAUGGCACGCAUCCAGCAGUUCCUGCAUGCCAUUGGCAUCAAGCCGGAGUGUUUGCGCUUCCGCCAGCACAUGGGCAAUGAGAUGGCGCAUUAUGCCUGCGAUUGCUGGGACGCUGAGAUUCUCACCUCGUACGGUUGGGUGGAGUGUGUCGCUUGUGCCGAUCGCUCGGCCUACGAUCUGGGCCAGCAUACGGCGGCAACUGGCGUGCGCCUGGUGGCAGAGAAGCGUUUGCCAGCCCCAAAGACCGUCGAGGUUAGCGAAAUUGUGUCCAACAAGCAGGCGCUGGGCAAAACCUACAAAAAGGAUGCCAAGGCCAUAACGGAGGCGCUUGCAAAACUCUCGCUGGACGACAUCAAGCAGGUGGAGACACAACUAGCUUCGGGUGGCCAAUAUAAACUGACGCUGCCCGAUGGUGCCACGCACGAACUGGACGCCGAGACGAUUGGUGUGAAACAUGCCACCAAAACGGUGCACGUGGAGGAGUUCAUACCGAGCGUUGUGGAACCAUCUUUUGGCAUUGGUCGCAUCAUGUACUCUCUGCUCGAGCAUAGCUUCCAGUGUCGCGAAGGUGACGAGCAGCGUUGCUACUUCACCCUGCCCCCUGUGGUGACGCCCAUCAAGUGCUCCAUUCUGCCGCUGUCGAACAAUGCCGAAUUCCAGCCGUACACACAAAAGUUGUCCGGAGCGCUGACCAAAGCGGAAUUGUCCCACAAAGUAGACGAUUCGAGUGGAUCGAUUGGAAGACGAUAUGCACGCACCGAUGAGAUUGCUAUACCCUAUGGCAUCACUGUCGACUUUGAUACCCUGAAGGCGCCGCACACUGUGACGCUCCGGGAUCGGAAUACGAUGAAACAGGUGCGCAUCGAUCUGGAGGCGGUUGUUGGUGUCGUUAAGGAUUUGGCGACGACACGUCUCACCUGGUCGCAGGUGCUGCAACAGUAUCCGGCCUUUGAGCAACAGGAGACAACAAAAUGAAUUCAUUCUUAUACGAUAUGAUGACAUAUUCAAAUCAACUCUCAACUUCUAUAGCCAAGUUUCGUUUAACAAAUGCAUUUAAAAUGAGUAUUUUAAUUCAAAAAAGCAUUAAUCAAGGCGCUUAGAAUGACAUUUUAAAUAACCGUAUAUCGAUAUCAUCGAUAUUUAUUUAAAGCAUCGAUUUGUUCUUCUCAACUUUUUUAUUACUCAAUAGAAAUCGCGAGAAAACUUGGCUUUUAGAAUGACAAAUUCCUUAAAGAUGGCAGCAAUCUUAUGUGGUUGAGGAUGAACGUGCAAUUUUCAAUGUUAUCAUAUAUCUAAAUAUGUUUUUGUAUCUUGUUUUUUUUUUUCAUUUUAUUCUUUUGGUCUGUUUAAUUACCUUUUUUUAUUAUUUUGUAUAUCUAAUAUGAAAAACCUAGUCAAGAUAUUGACAAUUUUAUAAUAAGAAAACAGAAUUUACAAUUAUAAUUGAUUUUAAAUAAAUAAUCGUUUUACAUCCAUAAAGAAAAA